AUGGCCCACGAACCGACGAAAACUGCUAAACUCUAUAGGAUCUCCCCAAAGAAAGCCGCAGAGGUAUUGUUACGCAGAGCUGAAUGCCUGACAGAUUUCAUUUACAAUGCGAACUUGGUUCCACCCAAGCCACCUGUUGGUGACAGGGCCCUUCUUGAGAAACUCCUACAAUCGUUUAAAUCAGAUCAAAAACAGCAUCCAUCCCCAACUGUUUCACUAGGGGUGGAAAGAGAUGGAAUUCAGGCUGCAGUGGAUGGCAGCUAUUCGCGCUCUGAAUCUGGAUCCAUGCGCAAUAUGAUGGAUUGUUUCCGCCUGGAUCCGGUAGAUUAUCACCAAAGUAUGACCUUUGAUGACAUUUCUGGGGCAAGCCUCUACGGCUGGGACAAUAUCCCUGAGUUUCUCGGUCCUUCAAUGGGAACAUUCUCCGGCUAUUCUACCAGUGAGGGAAUAAACUCGAACAACAGAGGCUCGCUCGCCGAAAUGAGCAUGAAUGAGGAUUCUCAAACUCUCUCUGGAGACGAAAACACUGAUAUCGAUGAACAUGUCUUACUGGAUCAAAUAUCGGAUCGUAUGGGCCAACUGCAUCUGACGCCAGACGGCCAAUUGCGCUAUUAUGGAGCAACAUCUAACUUCAAUCUGGGAGGAUCGCUCUGGAAUGACGUGACCCCAAAUAUUAGCUUCGGAAUAGCCGCAGACAACGAGCAAGCAAAUAUUCACGAGAAUAUUGACUCCGGUGAAGAAGCCCAUUUGGAAGCCCUCUUUUUUCACUGGCAGGAUCCGGCCUACCAUGUUGUAGACCAACCGAUGUAUUACCACGGAAAGGCCCUUUGGGGCAACAGGAAAGAGGACAGCACGUUCUAUUCUUGUCUCCUAGAAAACGCCAUUUGCGCCACUGGGGCUCUGCUGGAUCCUAGACAACGAAAUCCACGACAACGAGCUGAGGUAUUUGCAAAGAUGGCUAAAACUCUCCUAGAGGAGGACUUAAAUUCACCUAAAAUUGCCACGGUUCAAGCAUUGGUGAUCCUGAGCACAUUCGAAGCGGGCGCAACCCGCGAUCCACGCGGAUGGCUGUACAGUGGAAUGGCAAUGCGACUGGUGUUUGACCUGGGUCUUCAUAUUGACACGCGACCGCGUGUUCUCAACAAGGAAAUGAGCGAGGCGGAGAACAUCGCCAGGAGUACGGCAUUUUGGGGCACUUACAUCAUUGAUCAGUGA